CCCGGCCGCUGGGGGCGCCGUGCCGGCGGGGCGCCCGCCGGGGAGUUGUGGACGUUGCUAAGCGAGGGCGCCCGUAAACACCGGGGCGGGCGCAGAUCCGCCGGCCCAGGGCGCUGUCCCGGCGUUCGACCAGUUACAGAAAACUGCGAAGGAGGUGAACACAGGAGUGGUAACGGAUUUCUUGUUGGCUAUAUGAGUAGUGCCCUGGGAUGGAGUCUGGCAUGGAGGAGAUCCCAGUUAAAGUUGCUGUUCGAAUCAGACCUCUGCUUUCCAGAGAAGUACUUCAUAACCACCAAAUGUGUGUGAGAGUAGUCCCAAAUACACAGCAAAUUAUCAUUGGGAAAGACCGCGUCUUCACUUUUGAUUUUGUGUUUGGCAAAAACUCGACCCAAGAAGAAGUUUAUACUGCUUGCAUUAAGCCUCUUCUAGUGUCUUUGACUGAGGGAUACAAUGCUACAGUGUUUGCAUAUGGACAGACAGGUUCUGGGAAGACUUACACCAUUGGUGCUGGCCACAUUGCAUCAGUUGCAGAGGAUGAAAAGGGCAUAAUCCCACGGGCUAUUCAGGAGUUAUUUCAGCAUAUUGCUGAAAACCAUAAUAGUGAAUUCUGUGUCAAAGUGUCUUAUAUAGAGGUUUACAAGGAAGAUCUCCGAGAUUUAUUGGAAUUGGACACCUCUGUGAAAGAAUUACAUAUCCGAGAAGAUGAAAAGGGAAAUACAGUGAUUGUCGGUGCUAAGGAAGUCGAAGUAGAAUCUGCAGAUGAAGUGAUAAGCCUGUUGGAAAGUGGCAACGCAGCUCGUCACACAGGCACAACACAAAUGAAUGAGCACUCUAGUAGAUCUCACGCCAUUUUUACCAUCAGCAUUUGUCAGAAACAGUCUGCAGAGUCUCAAAAAGAUACUGAUGCUGCACAGGAUUCAUCUUGGAAAUCAGUCCAGAUGAUUGCUUCGAAGUUUCAUUUUGUGGAUUUGGCAGGAUCAGAGAGAGUAGCAAAGACUGGAAAUACUGGUGAACGCUUCAAAGAAUCAAUUCAGAUAAAUAGUGGUCUGUUUGCCUUGGGAAAUGUCAUCAGUGCCCUUGGAGACCCCAAAAGGAAAAGUAUACAUAUUCCAUACAGGGAUGCUAAAAUCACUCGUAUUCUGAAAGACUCCCUUGGAGGAAAUGCCAAGACUGUUAUGAUAACUUGCAUAAGUCCAUCCUCAUCAGACUUUGAUGAAUCUUUGAAUUCCCUCAAAUAUGCCAACAGAGCCAAAAAUAUUAGAAAUAAACCAGUUAUAAAUUACAAUCCUGUUCAAGACCGGAUUGAUGAAAUGGAACUUGAAAUCAGAUUGCUUCGGGAAGCUUUGCACAACCAACACGUCAGUAAUCAGCGUUCACAUGAUUUAAAUCCUGAAAGAACUCGUAUCUGUUCACUUGAGGAGCAGCUCACCCGGCUUCAGGUUCAAUGUUUCAGUUACAGAAAUUGCGUAGAUGAAGCCUUCCCAUUUCUGGUUGAUUUGAAUAAUGAUGUUAGCUUAGAAAAAAGUCAUCAGGACAGGUUGCAGAGAUGGAUCUCUAUGGUACAGGAUGUAAGGAAGGAAGCACUCACCAUGCAAGAAACUGGCACAGGGACUUGGGCCAGCCAAGAGCCACAUCACAUCACAAUUCUUCAGCUAAAGAGGGAACUGAAGAAAUGCCAGCAGGCUGUAAUUAUGGAUGAAGAAUUAUUUGUCCAGAAGGAUCAUGAACUGCUGAUACUGCAGAACCAGAUAAAGACAUUACUGCAGAAAAAUGAAGAACAACUGAAAUCUUUAACAGAAGCUCAAGAAACACGUAGAUUACAGAAUGAAAAGAUGGUGGAACAGCAAAUGCUUAUUGAUCAGCUAAAAGCAAAAAUAGAGAAUUUUACAGAUGUGAAAACUUGGGACUUCUCAAGUGCUAAUGGAAAUGAGCCAGCUCCUGUGGCAUCUGCAAGAAGGCCGUACAGUGUCCCACUCACAAAGAGUCUGCUACGCUCCCUUCACCCGCCUUCAGGGAUAGAGACCCGAAAGACAUAUAGCAGCCCCCCUGCCUUCUCCCUGCCCAGGGUAAUGGCAGAAUUCCGUGCUCGCAGCCAAAUGAUGCUCAGCAACAUAGAAGAUCAGGAUAAAGUUCUUCACUGCCAUCUCUCUGAUCAGAGUGAUGAAGAGGAAGAAAAUAUAGGCAGCAAAAAGAAAGCUUCAUUUAAGCGUUUCGCAAACCGAACACGGACACAAAACCAGGCUUCUCUGUACUGUCUUCCUGACUUAAGUGACAUGAAGUGUCAAGCAGAUGAGUCUGUUUUAUCCAAUACAUCUCUGCUACAGGCUGACACGGUCACAGGUGAAGAGAUUUACAGCCUCCAGAAAAGUCAUGACGUCAACGUGCAGAAGUUAAGGAAUUCAGAGUUGAGAAUCACCGAGGCCAAGCAAAAACUGAGAGAACUUGCACUUAGUAUCAAAAUGAAAGAGGAACUUAUUAAAGAAUUAGUAAGAACAGGUAAGGAUGCUCAGUCUGUAAGCAGGCAAUAUUCUUUGAAGAUAACUAAACUGCAGCAAGAAUCUGAGCAGGCCAAAAUGGAACUAGCUGAAACACAAAAGCAACUUCAGGAGCUAGAGAGUAAGGAACUGAGAGACAUUCCUGAGAAAGCCACGUUACAGAAAGAGUUCUGGAAGAAGAUGGAUGCAGCUAAGAUGAGAGUGCAGGCCUUGCAGAAGAAGCAGCAAGACACUAAGAAUCUGGCUUCAUUAUCUAACCAAAGUGAGAGGCAAGCAACAGAACUUAAGCAGAACGUGGCUCAGAUGAAGCAUCAGCAGACCCAGCUACAGAAGAGGCUGUGUGAGGAGAAUGAAAAAAAGAAACAACUUGAAGCAGAGGUUCAGCGGGACCAGCAACAAAUUAAAGAACUUCAACUGAAGAUAGAGCAACAACAGAAGAUCCUUAAACUUAAGGAUAAAGAGAUAGUUGCAUUUAAAAAGAAGAUAGAUAACUCAGUGGGCACUUCACAGAAGCUACAGAAAUUAGAAGAGCAAAAGAAUUGGCUGGAUGAUGAAAUAGAAAGAGUUCUCCAACAGCAGCAACAUCUAGCAGAACUGGAAGAAGAUUUAAAGAAAAGAGAAGCCAUUGUAGCCAAAAAAGAAGCACUGUUGCAAGAGAAAAGCCACCUGGAAAUCAAGAAACUGAGAUCUAGCCAGGCUUUAAACAAAGAUAGCGUGAAAUUGUCCACUCGCUUAAGUAUGCUGGAUCAAGAACUGUGUGAUAAAAGUAUGCAGCUUCAGGGCAGCACCUCUGAAGAUAAGACAGACAUUUUGGAAAAAAUUCAGGUACUCCAGGCGGAAAGGGAUCAGCUGCUCAGAAGAAGAAAUAGCGUGGAUGAAAAACUGAAAGAUGGUAAAAUUUUGUCAACUGAAGAGGAACAUGUCCUUUACCAGCUGGAAGAAGGGAUUGAAGCCCUGGAGGCUGCUAUUGAUUAUAAGAACGAAAGUAUUGAGAAUCGCCAGCACUUGCUUAGGUCAUCUGCUCAGAUUCUUUCACAGACUGAGAAUAAUGUAAUAGGAAAACUGGUUUCCCUGCCUGCUGCAGAGCUCAGAGCUAUCCUUUUCAGAUAUUUCAACAAGAUUGUUGGUCUGCGUGAGUCAGUGUGUAAAUUACAACUGCAGAUUGAAGAACAGGAAAUGAAGGUCAUAGACCAGCAAGACAUAAUACGUGAAUUAGAAUCUGCACUUGAACAUGUCAAGGUGCAAUGUGACAGGCAGCUGACUCUACAACAAAAAGAACAUGAGAAAAAACUACAGUUAAUACUGCAUCAUUUUCAAGAACAAGAUAGUGAAGGUAUUGCAGAAACUGUGAAAAGAUAUGAAGCGAAAGUCCAGGAAGUGGAAAAAGACUUGUUUUUCUAUAAGAAAACCAGCAGAGAGCUGAAGAAGAAAUUGAAGGGCCUCCUUGGAGGGUCAUCUCAUCAAUUACUGGCAUCCACUAAAUAUAACAGUGCUGCUGACAUGGCAUCCACUCAAUAUGAAGCAGAAGUUGCUUCUGCAGAAUUCAAGUCAACAGUUAACCCUGAGACCAAUAGUCAACCAGGGAAAAUAAAAGAAACAGACAGAACAAGUACUUCAAGAACACAGGAGAAUUCAUACCGUCUUGGAGAAGAUGUUUCAGAAUUUGGGUGCAAUAAAGAACAUUUGUCAAACAGUAGUGAUGACAAAACAGGAACAGAUGAAGAUCAGCGUUCAGCAUCUCAUCCUCAUCUACCUUCUGUCAUCCAGAGAAGAGAAACCAUUACACAGUUUCAAGGAGUAACUCCAGUAAAACUAUCUCGCCGAGAGCUACGUUAUAUUCCUCCCUCUGAAUUAUCUCUGAGACGCUCAAGCCUUGGAGCUGGUGUCAAUUUUAUUGCUUCAGAUUCCAUCGAAAUGGACAAAAAGUCUAGUGUCCCUAAGACAUAGUUACUUUUCAUAGCAGUUUUUGUAGAUACUGCUACUAAAGCAACUGUAUUAGAUUUCUUUGUUCAUGGUUUUGUUAUGUAUCAACCAUAGAUAAAUUAGUAAGUGUACUUUAGUUCUUACUGCUCGCUGUUAAGUCAUUAGGUGUUAUGCGCACACAGUUUUAGUGGAUCUGAGAUGGAUUUUAACUAACAUUGUCUCUACGAACUUUCAUUCAAAGGCCUUUUAACACGGAAGGAAUUAUUUAUAUUGCGUUUGGGUUUUUUUGCAGUAACUUCAAAAAUGUAAGUUUUUCAGAAAUUGCAGUGAAAUGCACCGCACUCGUGUACCUUAGUUUUCCUAGAACAAUAUUGUGCUUCAGUUUCUUGGGUCAGAAAGAAAAACAAGCUAUUUAAUUUAUUUUGACAUAUAGCUAGAAAAUUUAUUUGCAAGACUAUCACGUAGUGUUGAUAAUGAGUGGCCUCUGUAUGUUUUUUCUCUAAGAACAUUUUAAACAACCCAUGUUUGAGAUCAAAAUCAGUAUGUAAAGAGAAAUUUGUUCUGAAGAGAAACAUAAAAGCACUUCUUUUUUUUUCUUCUUUACAGCUUAGUAAUGAAAUCGCAACAAUUGCUUAUUUCACUUUCUGGUUUUGUUUGUUGGGCUUUUAAAGAGUCGCACUUGGUAACUCAAAACGUGAUAUUUAUUUCUGUACUACUAAAAUGGAAAAAAAAAAAAAAGACCAAAUUCAGCAUCUCCUAGGUAAGCUGGAUGGACCAAUAUAUUAUUUUAUUUGUACUAAUUAGUCAUGUCCUUUCAUAGACAAAUUAUUCUUCUGGAUUCCAUAUCAGCUUCAGAGGGAGGACUACACAUAUCCUUUAGUUUACAGCUAUACUGCAAUCAAAUCUUUUUUGUAAGAGGACAGUCAUCACUGAGAAACAUAUGCUUAACAGCUGCACAAACUUGAAGGCAGAAACUAGAAUGUCACAUCUAAAUGAGAUUAACACUCCUAACCUUAACUCUUUCCUAUGUAAAUUGUGACAGGACUGAAAGUAAGGUUAGUUUUAUUUAAGUGUGGACUUUAGCCAGUCAUGUUUGAAAAUGUUGUCUUAGAUGUACUUAGGAAAGGAAUUUUUGCUUUCUGCUGUUGUCUAGGUAAGGUUUCAUGUAUAGCAUGUGUUUUGGUUAUAGGUAUGAAGGAACUGCAUUUUCCCAUGUAGCAAGCACAGUUAAAAUCUUUCCACACUAUGAAAAUGCUAUUACAGCUUGACAGACAUAUUGUCUUGUGGCACAUUUUAGAAUUUUCUAAUUAGAUUGCAAAGCAUUUCAUUCAGAUAGAUAAACCACUUAACAUGUCAAAUGAUUGUAUCUUUCAUAAUUACACCUAAUUGUUGCCUAUUGCUCAGCUGAUUUGUGAGAUAAGGAUUGGAGUAUUUUUUUUGGUUUGUUGGAGUUUGGACUUGGUUUGUUGGACUGGGCUUGGUUGUCAUGGAAGUAAUCACUAUCAACUAACGUUAAGUUUAAUAUUAGUAUAUAUAUAAAAUUCACUUAAUGUUUCUAGUUAAAAAGCAAUAAACAAGUAAAUAUAGUUUCAAAUGUGUAUUUAUUUACAACAUCUCUGUAUUAACUGAAGGAAUUUUGGAAGGCAUUUCUUCUCAAGAUAAUAUUGUGUAUUUUCAUACUUCAUACUACCCUAUAAAUAAACAUGAAUUCCAUUUCUUUGAAGUUUCCGCAAAUGAAAAACAUUUCCUUAUGGAUACAAAAUAAGCAAGGGAAAAUAUAAGAAAGUACAACUCAAUCACUAGUAGAAGUCAGCUGGUGCUCUAGAACUUUCUAUAGCGGUGACACUGCAGAUUAAAUAGUUACUCAAACAUUAGAUUCUCUGUGCCACACAUACCCAUCUCAAGACAUAACUACGUCUCCUAAUGCUGAGUCUGUGCAAAGUUCAAAAAGAAAUAUAUUCAUCCCGAGGAAGACUUCCUACUUCAUCCCUAAGUCUCCGGCCAAUGACCAUCAGGAGGCACUACGCUGACGCAAGACUGGAGUGAACUUUAGAGAUCUAAUUAUAAUACAAAGCAGGGAUAGGGUAUGACUAUGUAGUAGGCACUUA